UUCAUUUUGGAAUUUCCCAUCUCAAGCAUCUUACCAUGGUCAACCCUUCCGUUUUCUUCGACAUGACCAUUGGCGGCGAACCUGUUGGCCGCAUCGUCAUGGAAUUGUACGCCGACAAGGUCCCCCGCACUGCGGAAAACUUUCGCGCGUUGGCCACUGGUGAAAAGGGUGUCGGCAAGUCUGGCAAGCCUUUGCACUUCAAGGGCUCUGCGUUCCACCGCGUGAUCCCCAACUUCAUGUGCCAAGGCGGUGACUUCACCCGCGGCAACGGCACCGGCGGUGAAUCCAUCUACGGCGAAAAGUUCGCGGACGAAAACUUCAGCGGCGUGCACGACGUGCCCGGUGUGUUGUCCAUGGCCAACGCCGGCCCCAACACCAACGGCUCGCAAUUCUUCAUCUGCACUGUGGCUACCCCCUGGUUGGACGGCAAGCACGUCGUGUUCGGCCGCGUCACCGAAGGUUUGGACGUUGUGUCCAAGAUUGAAUCGUUCGGUUCCCAAUCUGGCCAAACCAAGAAGCCCGUUGUGAUUGCCAACUCCGGCCAAUUGUAAACGGCAUAAUACGAUUACUACUUCACACAAACUACAUUCUACGAUCCCCGUCUAUUUGGUUUCUCAAUGCUUGGCCAUCCCAAACGAUCUCCGCCAAGUCCAGUCAAGAAUGACAUUGAUAUUCCUUCAUUGUCGAGUCAACGGGGUCCAUGGAGGAGGCAAUGAUGGCGGUCUUGGCUACAGCGCUCGUGUGGUCUCUUCCGUAGACGUCUAUGGUCAACACCAUCGAAUGGGCUGUGACGUGUUUUCAUCUCUCGUUGGCAUGUUCUAACAAGCGCAUUUGCAUUGCAC